GUUUAAGUGAUUCGUUUGUAGCGGUGCUCCUCUAUUUGUUUGUGUCCCAUUCUACAAGUUUGAGACCAGCACUCAUUUUUACUCCAAAAUUCCCUUCUAAGUUCUUGAAAGUCACAUUUAUGGGCAGUUGUUUUUCCAAGUCCGAGGGAGAAACCAAAGAAAAGACCACUACCCAAAAGACUAGAUUUACCUCCACAGAACAAAGAUUAGGCUCUGAAGUGGCUACCGAGGCUCCCAAGACUUCCAAACAAGAGCCAAAUAGACAAUGGAACGAAAAGCAGUCCCAAGGUCAGCCAGCAGGACAUAAACUCGGUUCUUUAAAUGAUCAUACAAACGCUGGUUCUGAUAAUACCAGGGCUGAAGCUGCUAGAGCUGCAGAGGAAAGAUACAACAAGCAGCAGCAGAAAAUUAAGGAAAGCUCUUCCAAGUUGAAAGCGAUGUCUAAAAUGUCAAGACUGGAAAAGGGACUUUAGUCCGUUUUAAAGAACUUAUAGCUAUUUGUGUGAAAUCUACAAAAUUUAAACAAUACGAAAAGUGUAACGAACUCCCAAACUGUGUUUUUAGUCGAAUACUGUUAGAGUGGUUGUAAACUGUUCAAAAAAACUUUUAAAAGACCCAACUAGUUCCAGAUCUAACAGUUGUAUACUUAUGUUCAUAAUAUAUUGAAAGCGUGUAGAAUAGUCUAUGUAACUAAAAGUUAGUUUCCAGUAUCUAAAUGCGAAAAUCAGUAAUUAUUUAUAACUUAUAUGACAAGUGUUCAUGAUGAUGAAAUCGAUUUUUGGGAGCAAGUCUUUUUAUGAACAAGAAAGGGAUAAGAUCAAAGAAGACUUGAAGCUCCCCUUGUUGGAAUUGGUCCUUGAGUAUCUACCACACGUCCAAGAAUCAAUAAAGGAGCAGGAAGAUCUGUGGGAGCUCAUUGCAAUUAAAUUGAAUGAUCAUCGAUUUGUGGAUGCCAUAAGAGGGGGCACCUCUUCCCAUCCCAAGGGAAGCAAAACCAAGAACAAUUCAAGGGAAUUCAACCUUAGUGAACUUCCAAUGCUUAGUGGUGUUUUCGUGAAAGAGCUAUUCGAAAGUAUUAUGAGAGAAUUCGAAGACGGCGUACCUCAAUAUAAUUGGAACCAUAGAAUUUACAGAACGCGGGUAGUUGUUCCUGCCGAUGGUCAUCAAGAUGGUUCCAUAUACUAUGCGUUCAACUUUCCUGUGAAGGAAGCGUAUUCCCAAAGAGAAGAUUUAAUAUGCACUGAGCUCUUCUAUCUAAAGGGCAUUGACGUGGAAACGAAAGCCAAAAUUUCCAAAGACAAGCUAAUAAGGAGAAUUACCGAGCAAGAAUCAGAGAAAACCCUUAGAAUAGCCGAAGACUUGAACCAAGCUCGUAUAUCAACCAAUGACAAGAGAUUGGAAGCUUGCAUCGAAGAGCUCAAGAAGAAAGAUCUAAGAAUUGAGACACUCGAUCGUGAAAACAAAAGACUCAUGGAGUUGAAUCAAACGUUGCUAGAGGAAUUGAAUGAACUCAGGUCCUGACAUCGUUAUUCACAACUUAAAAAUUUAUAGAUAUUACAGCCCCUGUAUACAACCCAUAAUCACCAAACUCUUACAGCUUGGUUUUGAAAAACCGCGAACAACCUUGAAAUAAAAUAACUUAGCAAG